AUGAAUAACCAAAAUGGUUUAGGAGGAACCUUUAACAGUGAAAUAGUACAACAAACUCGUAGUGAAUCUAUAGAUGCCCCACCACCUUACACCCCAGUAGAUACAUUGCAUGUGCCAACUGUUAUUACUAAUCAACCUAUUAUACAUCAGACUAUUAUAGUACAACAUACUUUAAAGGAUGUACCAAUCCUCAUAGAUUGCCCUAGCUGUCAUAAAAGGUGCAUGACUAAAGUGGAUUAUGCAAACUCACAAAAAACACACAUGAUAGCAGGCUUUAUUUGUGGAUUAACAGUGUGGUGCUUUUUAUGUUGUUUUGCUGCCUUGCCUUAUAUUUUACGUACAUUCAAAAAGCCAGAACACUACUGUUCUAAGUGUAACUACUACUUUGGAUCAUCUAAAAUGGUUUAA